CGGCGCAAGCGCAGACGUAUCCAAGAUGGCGGCAACGGCGGCUGCUAGAGUUGUGUCCGUGGGCCCUGGUCUCCGGGGACUGCAGCGGACACUACCUCUCGUAGUGAUUCUCGGGGCCACGGGCACCGGCAAAUCCACCCUGGCGUUACAGCUCGGCCAGCGGCUCGGUGGCGAGAUCGUCAGCGCUGACUCUAUGCAGGUUUAUGAAGGUCUCGACAUUAUCACCAAUAAGGUUUCUGCCCAAGAGCAGAGGCUGUGCCAGCACCACAUGAUCAGCUUUGUGGAUCCUCUCGUGACGAAUUACACAGUGGUGGACUUCAGGAACAAAGCAACUGCUCUGAUUGAAGAUAUAUUUGCCCGAGAUAAAAUUCCUAUUGUCGUGGGAGGAACCAAUUAUUAUAUCGAAUCUCUGCUCUGGAAAGUUCUCGUCAAUGCUAAGCCCCAGGAGAUGGGCCCUGAGAAAGUGAUCGACCGAAAAGUUGAGCUUGAAAGGGAGGACGGCCAUGUUCUCCACAAACGCCUGAGCCAGGUUGACCCGGAAAUGGCUGCCAAGCUGCACCCACAUGACAAGCGCAAAGUGGCCAGGAGCCUGCAAGUGUUUGAGGAAACGGGAAUCUCUCAUAGUGAAUUUCUUCAUCGUCAACAUGCGGAGGAAGGCGGUGGUCCCCUUGGAGGCCCUCUGAAGUUCCCUAACCCAUGCAUCCUCUGGCUUCAUGCGGAACAGACAGUUCUAGAUGAGCGCUUGGAUAAAAGGGUGGAUAACAUGCUUGCUGCUGGGCUCUUGGAUGAACUAAGAGAUUUUCACAAACGCUAUAAUGAGAAGAAAGUUGCAGAAAAUAGCCAGGACUAUCAACAUGGUAUCUUCCAAUCAAUUGGCUUCAAGGAAUUUCACGAGUACCUGAUCACUGAAGGAAAAUGCACACCAGAGAUGAGAAACCAGCUCCUAAAGAAAGGUAUUGAGGCUCUGAAACAAGUGACUAAGAGAUACGCCCGGAAACAAAACCGAUGGGUUAAAAACCGUUUUUUGAGCAGACCUGGUACCGGUGUCCCCCCAGUAUAUGGCUUAGAAGUAUCUGAUGUCUCGAAGUGGGAGGAGUCUGUUCUUGAACCUGCACUUGAAAUUGUGCGAAGUUUCAUCCAGGGCCACAAGCCUGCAGCCACUCCAGUAAAGAUGCCAAGCAAUGAAACUGAGAACAAGAGAAGUUAUCAUAUGUGUGAGCUCUGUGAUCGAAUCAUCAUUGGGGACCGUGAAUGGGCAGCACAUAAGAAAUCCAAAUCCCACUUGCACCAACUGAAGAAAAGAAGAAAGUUGGACUCCGAUGCCGUCACCAGCGUAGAAAGUCAGAGUGUUUCCCCAGACCAUGACAAAGAGCUUAAAGAAAAGGGAUCCCUUGGGCAGAAUGAUAAAGAGCUGAAAGUCAGCAUGUAAGGGACUUGUCCAGUGACCUUUGCAAAAGUGGCAAGAGUCCAGUUCUUCCAUUCAGUGCUGUGGUUUUAAAGUCUCAUGUUCUCUGCCGUGGAGACAGUAGGUCCUGUUAGCUCCUUGUGUGGCUGAUGUGUCUGGUCUGGUAAUGAUGAGUUCAGGAAAGGAGUUUUUCUUUUUUUUUUUCUUUUAAUCUUAAAGGUUCUAUUUUUAAAAGAGGCACAGAUUGCACUUUUUUAUAUAUGAUCUUCUUGGUGAUAACUACUGGGAUUCACUGUAUCCCUUUUAAAAAAGUUUUAUGUCCUUGACUCUGGCUGGAAAUACCUAAUUUCCAGACACUUUUAUAGCUGACUGAAUUAUUGUGAACCACAGUUCCGGAGUUCUGGAUGGGAGUGAAUGGCAGGAAAAGAUCAGCCCCAGUGAGAUAACUAAGUGAACCAAACCAGUUUCAGGAAUUCCAUAAAGAAGCAGAGAAUCAGACUGAGGUGGUUGGGACUUAAAGUCUGAAGACUUUGACAUUUGUUGAGCUCUUCCUAUGUGAUAAUCACUGGUAUAUUCCUGUUUAGUUAGGAAUCUAUUUUUAUUCAAAGUUAAAUAAAGAAAAAGUUUUUAGGCGCCUCGCUAGUGCUUAAAAAGAUAUAUAUGUGAUGUCUAACAUAUAUAGUGUUCUUUGUUUUCAACAUGACAGCUUUUUCUCAAAGUCAGUGUUCUUAAUAUGCUAUUUGUUUAUUUAGCAGAUGCUUAUUGAGCAGUUCAUUAUAUUCCUGGAAAACAUCUGGAAAGGGUCUUUUUGUUUGUUUGGCAUGCGGGAUCCUAGUUCCCCAAACGGGAAUCAGUCUUGUGCCCCCUGCAGUGAAAGUGUUGAGUCUUAAUCACUGAACUGCCAGGGAAGUCCCAGGGGGACUUUUUUUUAAUUGGAGAUUUGUUAUUUCUAGUUGAAACUCUUACUGGAGUGAACUGAGCUACCAGCCAUAUAUGAAUGUAACAUAAAGUUAAGCAUUUUUUUUUUUAAAGAUUUAUUAUUUAUUAUUUUUAUUUAUUGCUGCACUGUGAGGCAUGUGGGAUCUUAGUUCCCUGACCAGGGAUCAAACCCAUGCCCCCUGCACCCAGAAGGCAGAUUCUUAACCACUGGACCACCAGGGAAGUCCCAAAGUUAAGCAUUUUUAAGUUCACAGUCCAGCAGCAUUUAUAUUAUGCAACCAGAACUUUUUCAUCAUCCCAAACAAACUGUGUACCUGUUAAGCAAUAACUACCCACUUAAACAGUAUUUUAUUUGUUCAGAAUCUAGAAUCCACCUGCAAUUCGGGAGACAUGGAUUCGAUCCCUGGGUUGGGAAGACCCCUGGAGGAGGGCAUGGCAACUUAAUCCAGUGUUCUUGGCUGGAGAAUCCCCAUGGACAGAGGAGCCUGUAGGGCUACAGUCCACGGGGUCACAAAGAGUCGGACAUGACGGAGCGACUUAGCACGCACACACACACUGUAUGAGAGGCCCUGAGUAGGCUAGAGGGAUAUGGAGACAAAAUGAAAUGUGAUUCUUGCUUUCAUAGAGCUUGAAAUAUUGUUAUCUAUACAUAAACAACAAAUUGAGGUAAGAGAAUGUCAAAAACCAUAAAGGCUGUAUAGAAUUUCACUUGGAGGGAAGAGAGAAGAGGGAUCAUGGAAAAAGGAGUAUUUCUACCAGACCUUAAAAAGCAGUUCUUGGUGAAUGUAUUGUGAGCUAUGCAGAAAUUUUAUUUUUUAGAUUUUUUAUAUAGUUCAAAAAUCAAAAUGAUAUAAAAAGAGAUACUCAUUGAAAAAUCUCGCUCCUACCUCCAUCCCCUUCUCCUCUUAUAAUCACUUACUCAUUUUUUUAUGUAUAUCUCAUGAGUUUUUUAAAGUAAUUAAGAACAAAUGCAAA